AUGGCUUCGAAGCAUAGCAGCAGCGCGGCGGCCGGCGCGCGGUACGCAUUCUUCCGCAGCAUGGGCGAUGCAGGUGCGGCGCGGCGCGUGUUCGGCGGCGCGGCGGUCGCGGCGGGCGCAGCGGGCGCGCACGUGGCGGUGGCGCUCCGCGACGCGCGCGGCACCGUGCGCUGCUCGGGCUGCGUGCUGCGCGCGCACUGGGCGCUGACGGCGGCGCACUGCGUGUCGGCGCGCCUGGCCUCCGUGCAGUACGGCAGCACGGCUGGUGCGGGCGGCGUCACCGCGAUACAGCUGCUGUACCGACAUCCGCAUUACGCGGUUGAACAACGGGACGACGGCUGGGGCCCGGACGUCACUGCGCUGCGCCACGACGUGGGGCUGGUUCGCACGCGUAACGCCAUGCGCCUGCCGGGGGCGCCGUUCAACCUGCGGGUCUUCCGGCCCGAGACCUUGUACGACGAGGAAGUUGAGGUGCUGGGCUUCGGGCGCACGGAGCGCUCGGUGCUGGGCGAGGAGCUUCGCGCGGUGCGGUUGCGGCUGACGGCCUGCGAGCGUGCUUCGUGGCGGCACUGCGUUUGUGGUGCGGCCGACGAGCUGCGCGGCGUGUGCUCCGGUGACUCGGGUGGGCCCGUGAUGUACCGCGGGGCACUGAUCGGCGUCACGUCCAUGGGGCCCACGCAGUGCGCGCAGGCCGGCGCCGCGCCGCCCGCGGCCGCCACCAGCGUGUUCACGGCGCUGUACCCGUACGCCGACCUCAUCGACGCGACCAUCCGCGACACGGACAGCGGGCGCGUCUCCGCCGCAGCCUGCGCGCGGCGCUGCGACGCGCUGACUACGCUGUGGCCGAUUAUCUGCGUCCUUAGCAAUUUUGCGACAGUCAAUCAUUAA